AUAUUUGGUGAUUCAUCAAUCUAGCAGUCGGUAUUCAACUACACAACAAACACUAAUUUGUACACUAAACUUCCAGCUGGCUUUACUAACAGUAACUUUUGGAAAACAAUUAAUGCUAUUCCUAUACAGUAUACAUUAGAUAUUAGACUAUACAUUUACACUUUUUGUUCAGAUUACGCCAAAUAUUCGAGAGGCAUCAAAUCAUAUUUAAAGUAAACUACAAGUUAAUUAAUUAAAGAUAAAAUGGGUAAAGAAGAUUCAAACACAGAAGAUAAACAAAUUAAGAUCAAUAAAUGGGAUUACCUCGCUUUAAAAAAUACUCUCGAUGAUGCAGUGAAAGAAGUAUUAAUUACCAAGUAUAACCAUGUCGAAGACUUUUCUUUAAUUGACUAUCGCUUGCUGAUAUGUACAUUUGCUGUGCUGGUUGCUGGAUUUGCACUUGGUUGGGAUUUCUUCAAUCCAUUCCCAAAAUCGCGUUUUGUUCUUACAGUAUGUGUUGCUUUAUAUUUCCUUACCAUGGGUGCGAUCACAUUAUACACAACAUAUAUGGAAAAAGGCAUAUUUGCUGUGACUUUAGAACGAGAUGAAAGUGGUUUUAAUCCAGAUGUUGUUUGGGAAGCCAGCAGUUACAUUAAAAAACAUACUGGUAUGUAUUAUUUAACUAUGGUGCGCAAAGAUGCUGUUGGUUCAGAUAUUAGAGAACGUGAAAUAUCCAAAUCGGUUGCAAAUUAUUUUGACGAAGAAGGAACACUAUGUCAAGAUGUGGUGGAAAACGAGGUAACCAAAAUGAGAGAAGCUGUUUUGAAAUUGAAGAAAAUUGAAUAAUCUAUAUUAUUAUUAGAAUAAUUGAAGAUUUCUUUAAUUAAAACAAAUUCAGGAAUAUAAUUUUAACUAUGGUUAAUUUAUUAAUUUAGUUUGAUUAAAAUAUUAAUUGAUUUUUCAUUGUAUAUAUUCAUGUAUGUUAAUUUAUAAAUUAUACAAAUAUAUAUAUAAUAACAAUAAUAA